UUAUAAUGUAUUAUCGUAUUUAUCCAAAUUAUCUGGUUGACAUAACCUAUUUCGAUUGGACAAUUUUGUAGCUCUUGUUUGGAGUGAAAAACGCAAUAUAUGUAUCGUACUCUCGAAAUUGGCAGAGCGUUUAAGAUGUCUCGUCCACUUCUUGCUGCUUUCGACUUUGACCACACAAUUUACGAUGACAAUUCCGACAUCGUAGCUCGAAAAUUGUAUCCAAAUGAUAGUCUACCAGAUUCCGUGGAGCGUUUAUAUGCACGCGAUAACUGGACACUGUACAUGGGAAAAAUCUUUGAAUUGCUCAAUGAAAAUUCAAUCGAUGUAGAAACAAUCGAAUCUGCCAUCAACCGAAUACCUUCAGUACCUGGAAUUGAUACUCUCCUCACUGAAUUACAUUCCCGCGACUGUGAAAUCAUCAUCAUAAGCGAUUCCAAUUCUCUCUUUAUAGAAUGGUGGCUCAAUCACAAGGGACUGAGCCACACUGUCAAAGAAAUUUUCACGAAUCCGGCCACUGUGGACGAAGAAUCGGGCAUGCUGAAGAUAGAAAUGUAUCAUUUGCAAGAUUACUGCAAACUCAGCAACAAGAACUUGUGCAAGGGUCAAAUUCUUGAAGAUUAUAUUUCUAGACGAUUCGCGGAGGGAGUCAAUUUCGAAAAAAUUGCAUACGUGGGAGAUGGAAAGAAUGAUUAUUGUCCGAUUUUACGCCUUUCUGAAAAAGACGUCGCAUUUCCGAGAGUCGGUUAUACUCUCGUAAAAGUAUUAAAUCAAACGGAUGAUGAGACAAGACAAGUCAAGGCUGAUGUCGUUCCUUGGGAGAGUGGCGAGGAAAUUUUCGAGGAUUUGAAAAAGAGGAUUUCCAGUUUAUAAAAACUUGAAACGUUUUAUGUAUUUUCCCUGUGAUUCAAUAUUAUUCAUACAUUCAUGACGUAGCAAUAAAAUAUUUUAUAGGAA